AUGGCCUACUCAAGCAAACUUAUCAGAUCGGUCAUCGGUUCGAUGGUCGUGGGCAGCUACCGCACCGUUCGAUACGGGGACUAUCACGAGAUCCGAGACCAACGUACGAUCUCGAGAACCUGGACAGGGCAUCGAGUGAGCCAAUUCGCAGAGUCUCUGGUCCAUUACCAUCGUUGGAAGCAGCCCAGAGAUACGCCAGCCACGACUGCAGACAUCAAGAUGAACCAGUACAUGUUGGCGACUGAUCGGAUCCGAAUAGGAUCUGUCUAUCACUUGGAGGAUAUCUUUGAGGAGAGUCCGCCUCAAGAGAUUAUGAUUGUCGACUUGAUUCAAUGCGCCGCACAUGACGACAGAGUUGCUUUUGCUUUAGUAUUCGACACCAAGACUGUGCGAGAUGCAGUUAAACCAGAAUGCAGCUGGCCAUAUCAACUCCAGGGCGACGAGAUGCCUCAAUACGUUCUUAGCAAUGUUUUCUACGCUUUGGACAAACGUCUCUUCACAAUGAACUUCAAAUUUGCCAACGAGACUGUGUCCUCUUAUUGUGGAUUCAAUUUCUACCGUUGGGAUCUGGAAGCUUUCAAUGCAUCUCACGCGGCGGUGAACUACGCCUUCACUUCCUACAACGAACCAGUGUCAACCCUGUUCUUUCAGAAGGGUGGUGAAGAUGGGUCAAGGGGGCUAUCCCGAGAGAUCAGAUUCCAGGUGUACGCGGAGAUAUUCUCGCCUAUGGUGUUUAAAGCUCUCAAACCAGCCGGAACUUCAAGCAAAGGCUUCCUAGCAAGCUAUGAGUUCUCCGACAAUUCUGAAAACGAGUAUGGUAUUCUCUUAAGCACAGAGGAGGUCCAGAAUGCAAUGUACGACGCGCGUAUAGACAUAGGCAUCCUUGACCUGCUUCAUAUGGUUCCUACAGAAAUAUCUUCAACUACGGGAAUCAUCUACGGGUCCGGCCGGACGAGUCUCCGAAUCCCGCUGCCAAAUCUCGGAAGGCUAGGAAUUAUGGCAGCUCAGCUAGAGCCAACCCUCCCAAUCUUUCAGACUAUCAGGAGCUGCGUGGGACUCUACAAGAAGGUCCGGAAGAUUAGAAUUACCAUACUCCACUCUGGGGUGAUUACUGAGGAAGGACUAGCAGAAGAAAAGGAGCUCAUGCAAGGACUGCACAAGGAUGUUGAAUGGGUUGUUAACAUUUCGAACUGCUCCAAUAUGGCUCAAAUCCACGCCAUGGACAACGCCUUACCGCGAUAA